CAUUUUUUUGCCGCUUUAUGGUCGUUCGUACCAGUCACCUACAAGUGUCGCUGAAAAAAGGCUAUGCUGUCUAUUUUUCGUUUAUUUGGUAACUAUGGAAUCCCAAACGUGCACCAUCAAAGAAGGGACGCGCAUUGGUAUUUGGGAAGGUUCUAUUUCGCUUGCGUAGCUCUAGUUAUAGGGUGCGGAUAUUGGUUGUGUUCUCGCUUUACAACAACGCUACUAUACUUUCCGUUUAGAGGAGAGGUUUUGAGUAAUGGAACAAACACAUUUAAGCCGACAGUUUUGCUCGUUUCUUUUGACGGAUUUCGAGCAGAUUACUUAUAUCGAAAUUUGACACCGACGCUAUUCAACAUAUCACAAAAUGGAAUUCAAGCUCCAUAUUUGAUUCCUUCUUUUCCUACAAUGACUUUUCCAAAUCAUUACACCUUAGUAACAGGUGAUUACCCAGAAGUCCAUGGAAUAGUCAGUAACAACUUCCAUGACGGAUCUUCAGACAAAGAUUUUGUUAAUACUAGACCAGACUGCAACCAUGAUCCGGAAUGGUGGUCGCAUUCCGAACCAAUUUGGAUCAAUGCUGAACGCAAUGGUAUAAGAAGUGCUGUUCACAUGUGGCCUGGUUCAGAAGUAGAAAAUAAUGGUCUUAAACCGACAUUCUACACACCCUACAAUGGUAGUAUGGGACUUGACCGAAAAUUCCAGGAUGUAAUAAAUUGGUUGGACUUGCCCGAUGAGACACGUCCUCAGCUUCUGCUUUUGUAUAUCCCUCAUAUCGAUUCCGUGGGCCAUGCAUUCGGUCCAGAAUCAUUUGAACUGAACUCCACACUCAGAAUAGUCGAUGACUCUCUUUCUACGUUUCUGCACGAGGUCUAUCAGAAAAGAAAUUUGAAGGAGAUUCUCAACAUCGUCUUCGUCAGUGAUCACGGUAUGGCACCGACUUCCAAUUCUCGCUUGAUAUGGAUGGACGAUGUCAUGAACAUUUCUCAGGUCCAAUACCGAGACGGUUGGCCCUUGGCUGGUUAUCGUGGAUUUGACAACGAAGACGAUAUUGGAAUAGCAACUGAUCUGCGAAAAAACGCACCUAGUAAUGGAUACCCAUGGUCAUACUAUUCGCGGGAAACCAUGCUUGAAAGAUGGCAUUAUUCAGCUAAUGAUCGCAUCGCCCCUAACUGGAUUGUGCCUCAGCCUGGUUGGUCUGUUGUUUCCAGCCUUGAUCAUUCACCAGAAAUUGACUAUGACCCUAAAGGUGUUCAUGGUUAUGACAACAGGUCACCGUUAAUGCGAGCCUUGUUUGUGGCCUCGGGUCCAUCAUUCCAUAAGUUACAUCCAAGACAGCAAUUAUCCCCGUUCGCAAAUGUUGAAAUAUACAACCUUCUAUGCAGAAUAUUAAGCAUUCAACCAAAGAUCAACAAUGGAAGUCUACCUGGAGCAUUACCCAUUGCACAAGGUAAAUACUCAGAUAUCGGAUCUUUGCUAUUAUCAGAUGUUCUUGAUGCUUAUUCCAGAAUGUAACGCAAGCUAGCUUUUUAUAUCUCCAAACUUUGAGACGACAUAUGAUCAUGAUUGCUAAUGAAACAUAUUAAUAUUCAUAAUAAUGGCAAUAGUACAAUUAAUAAUUACAAUUUCACUGGUUUCUUUGUUUCUUGCAUCCAGUUAAAUAUCUAAUAUCGUUAG